AUGGAUCCUCCGACCUCAUUUUCUUCCCUUCCACCUGAACUAGUCUCCAAGAUCUGCCGCGACUCUGACCUUCAAAAGAAUGAUCUCGUCGCUCUCCGCCUUACUAGCAAGUCUCAAGGCAUCCAUCUCUCUGCUUCUAAGGAGUUUGCCGAAUUCUAUUUCAGAAACAUCGAUCUCGUCUACACACGUUACAGUCUGCAGGUUUUUGUGGAGAUCUGCAAACACCCUAUCCUCGGCUCUGCAGUCCGAGAGAUCCAACUCUCUUAUGCUCGAUUCAAGCCGGACUGUUUUGAGAAAGAAAGCAAAGACCAGUUCGAUCAUAUUGCGGCCGACGGACGGUCGGAAGGACGCCAUGAGUACCUGGACAACAUACGACGACUCGUCACUCGUUGCGACGAAGAGGAGAACCUCAAACGAUCUAACAAUGCCGAAGAUCUGCUUGCCGCAGCCUUUACCGCACUUUCUCAAUGGAAUCAUCCCCUUAAAAUUGCUGUGUCAUCAGUGGAAGAUCGUGCACUGGGCAGAAGUCAGAUUUAUAGUCCGAGCAACCUAGGCGAAAAUUCACACUGGGAAUGUGAUAUACUCGGUACGGUGAACCUCCUCUGCCACUCCGCUACUCGGAGGCCAUGUGCUGUGCAAGCGCUUCAGAUCAAGGGUGCUGUCUGGGACAACUUGGUCGAUAGUUCGUCUGACUCACUGAGCUCAUUAGCUCAAAUUUCCGAGCUCGAGCUCCAUAUCUGGCCUACGGAGUAUGCGGACAGCUUACGAGUUGCAGGCCUUGACAGCAUGGCGAUCAAGCUGCUUGAGAGUACAGUUUACCUGAAAACCUUGGACCUUGAAUCUGGCUGUUCAGAUGAUGACCCUCAAUAUCUUCGCAGCAUCUUCACAACAAUGUUGAAGAUAAGGCUUGAAAAUAUCACGCUGGCCCGUAUCGAUCUUGAUCAGUUCAGGCCUUUCGAGAACCGACUCGAGUCUCUGCGUCGUCUGGAGUUGUUUGAAUGCGGAGCCGAGGGCAGCCUGGGGAACGUUCUACCCUCCAUCCAGAAGAACUUCCCUCGACUUGAAUAUCUCUGGCUUUCGAGAGGCUGGGGGAGCAGAACAUUCGAGUUUCACGGCGUUCGAGAGGUUAGCGAUGGCAUAGAUGAACUGAUACAGUCAAGGCUAGAAUACCGCAACAAUCUUGGAAUGGCAGCACUUUGA